AUGGUCAGCAACACAGCUAUCAUUGUUAUCGUGCUUGUCGCCUCACUCGGCUCUGUCUCGCUAGCAGCAGCUCUAUUUGGCACCUUCAUUGAUAAUGAAGGAGAGUCUCAUCGAGAUCCACCAAUGGCCCAGCGUCAAUAUAUGCGAGAAGUCAGGAUGAGAACUCUAGAACAACUGGAGGCGGAAUCUAGAACUAGAUACCCAAAGAUGUCAAAGUAA